ACGAUUCAGUUUGUCAACAAGCAGCACAGCUGAAGGAUUUACGCGUUGGAGGACCGUUUGUUUGACUUAUAGUAUUGAACUGAGUGAAAAACAAGAGAGAACGUAGAAAGUGAAACCGAUUUAGAAAAGACACGCUUCAAAAUGGGAGGCUGCGGAGCAUGGCUCGAGAUGACGCAGAAGAACAAGCCGCAAUCGAACACUUUGGCGGCAGGCGCCAUGACCCUGCUGACCAGCGGUAUGAUGGUUGGAUCUACCAUCUUCAACAUGGACCUGCGGUACCAAGCGUGGACGUUCGAUCAUUCCGAGGGUACCGUUCUGGCAGUGUCGAUCAUCUUCUACGUGGCGGCAGUUGUAGGAACCUUGGCUGGCUAUCUCCUGGUCGAUCGCUACGAGAAGAAACCACUUUCGAAAGUCUACAUGGUGCUAGCUGUCGUAGCUUGCGUCCUUCUCGUGGCCAAGCCGGACCAUAUAAUCGUAGUGGCCUUCGCACGUGUCCUAUUAGGCCUAGCGCACGGAAUGGCUUACUUGAUCUUCCCGAUUCACGGCGGCGAAACCUCAAUUAAAGAACUCCGCGGUAUGAACAUGGCCGGCAUUAGUUACUGCCUUAUGAUAGGAGCCUUGACAUUUGGUUCCAUCAGCCCCGGAGCAACCUUCGGUUGGAUGGAUCCCAACCGGUUGAUGGGCAUUCUUGGUCUGGUGUUCGCUAUCCUCGGAGGAUUGUUGGCUCAGUUCCUGACCUACGAGUCGCCGGUGUUUCUCCUGCAGCGAGGACGCGACGCCGAAGCGGUCACAAGCAUGAUGAAGCUGCGGAACGAGUCGACUGAGACGUGGGAUAUCCGGAACGAUCUGACCGAGUUCAAGACCAUGCUAACCGAAGACGAGCUCGGAUCGCGAUCGAUCCUCAAAGAUGGAAACAUCCGGCCCCUGGUGUUGAUAUCCCUCUGCAAGAUUGCCUCUGUACUGUCGUUCAACAUGGCGUUGAAUUUAGUUCGCCUGCGACUGCUCGAUCAACUCUUUGGAAUGGAACAAUACAGCAUGGCUGCGGUCGUCAUCUUGCUGUUCCGAAUCGUCAUGGGAACCACUAUUCUCUUCAUAAUCGACCGCUUUGGACGGAGGGCGACCAUGGUGACAUCAACUGUUGGUAGUGGAUUCAUCCUGGUGGUUCUGGGCACCAUAUACCUAGCUAAUUAUUCGUUCAACCGAGACGUGGGCAUCGCGAUCAUGCUUGCAUACGAAAUAGUUGCUUCAGCGGGAAUAACCUUCGUUCCUGAUGUGUACAGUUCGGAAGCCUUCAGUACGAAAAAGAAGGCAGCAUCCAUCGGUGUCGUGAAUACGGUGGAGAAUCUGCUGCAGAUUCUGAUCACCUGUAUUGUAUUUUCGUGGGAUUUUGUAAGCACUUACCGCUACGGAGGGGUGAUGAUGACUUUUGGAAUCCCGUUGAUCGUUUUGGCAGUGAUAUUCUAUAUGUUCCUACCGGAGACUACUAAGAUGACCAUUCGACAGUCGCGUAAUGAAUUUGCCAAACGAGGAGAGAUCGUGUUCGGAGGAACUAAGAAACCGAUGAACAAUUUGAACGAGUGAAUAAAUUUGAGUAUCUUUUUUCAA